CAGUUCUAACACAAUAGUAAUAUAAAAACUAAUUUAAAUAUAAGAACUAAUUCUAAUAGAUAGAUAGAUAUACUUUAUAUGAUACAGUUACCUAUUUUAAAGGAAAAUGAAAUGGAUGCCUUACAUACUGCAUCAUCUGGAAGUGAGUUAGACCAAGUUUUGAAAUCAAAUGCAUGUGGUCCAACAAAUUUUAGAAAUAGCUCUCACUCUGUUAGACUACUUGAAGAUUUACUUAUUCUCCGCAAAAAUGAAGUUUUGUGUGAUAUUACAUUUAAAACAGACGAUGGUACUAUACUAUUUGGACACAAAAAUGUUUUGAUGGCAGCUAGUCCAUACUUCAGUGCAAUGUUUAAUAAUUUUGACGAGAGUAAUAAAGAUCUUGUUAGUUUAAGAGAAUUAGAUUCCACCAUUUUAAGACAAUUAGUAGAUUAUAUUUAUACUGGAGAAAUUAUGAUCACCAAAGAAAAUGUACAGGGUUUGUUACCAGCUGCCAAUCUCUUACAGCUAAACUAUGUGAGUGGUGCAUGUGCUGAGUUUUUACGAACACAACUAGAGCCUUCAAAUUGUAUUGGUAUCAAAGAAUUUGCUGACUUACAUAACUGUACGGAAUUGUUGUCAAGUUCUGAAGCAUACAUAAAAAAACGGUUUUUAGAAGUGGCUGAAGGCGAUGAGUUCCUAUCUUUAUCUUUUCAAAAAGUGUUUGAGCUUAUCUCCUGUAAUGACUUAUCUGUUUCAUUUGAAGAAAAAGUAUUUGAAUGUGUUAUCAAUUGGGUAAAACAUGAAUUGAUCUGUCGAAAAGAUUUUUUGGAAAAAUUAAUGGAACAUGUACGCUUGCCAUUGGCAUCAACACAAUAUAUAUUACAAAAAGUAAUUAAAGAACCUCUUCUAAAAAAUAGUCCUAAAUGUAUGUUAUUUUCAUUGAAAUGCCUCAUUAUGAAUUUAUAUCAUUUAAUAAUUAUUGCAAUGUUUUUAGGUAAAGAUUAUGUAUUUGAAGCAUUACAUUUUAACCUUCUUAAAUCAGUUCAGCGUUUCACCAUUCCACUAUCAAUUCGGUGUAAACCUAGACAGUUUGAUAAUUCACAAAAAGUAUUUCUAAUGUUCAGUCGGUCAGAUACAUUGCCAAAAUGUUAUACAGAAUGGUAUGACCCAUCAACAAACCUACGAGAGAAUGCACCUGGAAUGAAUGAUAGCCGUGUGACGGCUAGUGUAGGGGUCAUAAAAGAUCAAUUUGUAUUUGUUGUGGGAGGUGUGAAUCAAUCAAGUUCUCGAUCUGUUAGUAUGCUUGAUGUAUCUUUACAAUUACCCUGCUGGGUGCCAAUGGUCGAUAUGUUAGUUAGUAGACAUCAAUUAGGAGUCGGCAUAUUAGAUGAUUGUAUAUAUGCAGUUGGUGGACAUGACGGCACCAGUGCAUUAAAUAGUGUGGAGGUAUUUGAUGUCAGUAUUCAAAAAUGGCGAAUGGUGUCUAGUAUGACAAUUAAGAGAAGUCAUUUGGGUGUUGGUAUACUCAAUAAUCGUUUAUAUGCGGUUGGAGGUAAUAAUGAUUCAUCAAAUUUGAAAUCUGUGGAAUGUUAUGAUCCCAGUCUUGACACAUGGACACAAGUUGCAGAUAUGUCUGUAUGCCGCAGUGAAUUUGGUAUAGGAAUAUUGGAUGGUGUUAUGUAUGUUAUUGGUGGUUAUACAGAAUCGGAAUUUGUCAAAACUGUCGAGGCCUUCAGCCCAAGUGACGGAGUUUGGUCUACUAUUGCUGAUAUGGAUGCCUGCCGAUACAAUCCUGUAGUAAUUUCAUUAGAUGGUUUAUUGUAUGUUAUGAGUGGAGACACAGAUUCCUAUAUGGUGGAUACUGUAGAAAUUUACGACCCAAAUACAAAUACCUGGUCAAAAGGAGAAACAUUUUCAACUGACCAACUUUAUGGUGGAGUGGUUGUUCAUAGGCCUCCGCAUUUUAAAACCAAUUAACAUAGAAUAUAACAAAAUCAUGGUCUCAUGGUUAGUUUUUCAAUGUAUAAUUUAUAUAGUUACAGUUAUUUUUCCAAUUUUAGUUUUUGUAAUAAAUGUUUGAUUAAAAUGUUUUUGUAUAUUUAAACUGAUUACCAUUUUAUGUUAAAAAAAACAAGCUGU